AGUAUCGCUCAGGCGCGAGGUGCCAUCUGUCGGCAAAAGGUGAAGGCUCCAGCGGGCGUCGUCUGCACGUCAGCUGUGAGGAUGGUGGAACACCUCUGACAUGACGCUCGGGGGAUGUCUGUGUGAAUGGUUAAUGAGUGAGGAUGAGCAUCAGUGGAUUCCAGAUAUCUCUUAAUUAACUCAAAAUUAGAUACCACUAUCAACUGUCAUCAGGAUGCUUGGAAUUCUCUUGUGGAAUAUUUUUGUAUUUGCUGCGGGUGCUGUGAGCGUAGUAGUUUCAGCAUGGUGGUGGUUAACAACACAAAGUCUGCCAGAACCAGAAUCCAAAAAGCCAUCAAUAACAGACACUAACCUGCCAGAAGAACUAGUAGAUAAGCUAAAGCAAGGAGAUGGGUUCCACCGUCGUGAGACCUGCUUGGCACUCAACUUAAUACUCCAGUUCUUUUUCCAAGAAAAACGUCAUGAAUCUGGAAUCAUGCGUUGGCUCACAAACAUUCUCACACUUGAGUUUAAUGAUCUUUUGAAGCAUAAAGCUCUCUCCAAGUUCAUCCACAAUAUGCAGAUCCGAGACUUGAAUCUAGGAACAAACUUCCCAGUCAUUCGAGCAGUGACAGCUAAACGUGUGAAUCUCAAACCCGAUGUCUCGACUCUUGAACAAAUCGACAUCAUGGUAGAAGUGGAGUACAAUGGUGGAAUCCAGUUGGCUGUUGAUGCAUCCUCACGGUUCUCCAAGCCUGCCAUGGUUAAAAUUAAAGUUGUUCAUCUUUCUGGUAAUGGUCGCCUGCAGUUUUCCCGGCAUCCCUUCACCCAUUGGAGCUUCUCUUUUUAUGAAGAACCUCAAGUUGAGUUUGAGGUGUACUCAAGCUUAGGUCUACACAUUCCACGUUUCAACUCCAUCAUCAUCUCUCAACUACGAGGAAUCCUGAAACGCAAGCAUACCCUUCCAUAUUUCAAGUUGCGAGGUCCUCCACUCAUCAAGAGGGUGAUUAAUCCAAUCAACGAAGAAGGUUGUUCCGUCCCUUCAGGAAGACUGACUGGCAGCAUUGUGAAGUGUACAAGGUUGCAGGCUGCUUUAGUUGGAGAAGUGAUGUACUGUACUGUGAUACUGAGCGAAGUUCCUAUUGUGUGUGCUGUAGAGAAACCAUCUGGGUUAUGGGCAAUCCAAGACAUAACCCUCAAGCGCCCCCAAGGAUCAUCAGCUGGCAUUUUAAUGCGCAAUUCAGAUGAAGGCACACAAAUGGUAGAGUCAGUUCAGCAAAAUUCUCCGGCCCAUGCAGCAGGCCUUAGGAAGAAUGACAUACUUUUAGCCGUUAAUGGGACAUAUCUGAACUCUGGCCAGCAAGCAGCAAAGUUAUUCUCAACCAGCAACAUAAAUGGAGACAGUAAUAGCCUCACCCUGAGAGUAAAGCGACUAGUUCAGCCUGAGCCCAGGAAGGUGGUAGCCGAGCAAAAAGCCGUUGGUUCAGAUGGUGCUUCGCCAGUUAUCGGGGAGGAUACCUCAGGUAGACUCCAUAUAGCUUCCAGUGGCCAGUCCAUUGUCGCACCUUGCACUGCCAACAGUAGUUAUAGUGGAGAAAAGUCCUCUAGUGCCUGGGUAGACACCUCAAGUAGUGGUACCCCUGGUUGCAUUGGAACUAGUGAUGCUGGCAUUGCUCGUGAUGGAGGGAGUGUAUCUUGUAGUAGUGUUAUGAGUAGCAGUAGCCAAGGUGGUGGCAGUGAAACCAGAACUACGGCCUCAUCCUCAAUUGGUGGUGGUAGUAGUAUUACGGGUAGCAAUAGUUGUGGUGUUGGUAGUAGUAAAAGCAUUGAUCACACUGGUACCUCCUGUGUUGGUAUUGGUGGUUCAGGAGUUUCAUUAGUUAGCAACAGUGGCGGUAUUGAUGAUGGUGGUGGUGUGCCUGGAGGAUCACGUGCUGUUAGCCCCUCUCACUUACUUGCUGGGAUAAUGGGGACAUUCAACGGAGGCCGGCCACCUAAACACCGCUCUCUGCCAGGCUCGCCUGUCCUGCAGCGCACCAGUAGGAAUCGUAUAAGCUCAACUCGAGAUGGUGACGUUAGUGGCAGUGGCAGAUCAACACCAGACUCGAGCCACAACAGUAGUCCGGAAUUGAAGCGUAAACUUUUGGACUUGAACACACAAUCCACAGAUUCACGAUCAACUGUAUCAAGCCAGGAUAAAUCUCCCGUAACUUCUACAGUAAAUAAAAGCCUCCCACGGCCUUUAUCUGGGAUCAGCCAAGAUAAGUCACCAGGUUCGAGCGUUGCCAAUCAGAGUUUUCCAGUCAGCCAACUUGUCAAUGAGAGACCAAAUUCAAAUCAAAGCAGCAAGGCAGGCACUCCCACCUCCCCAGAAAUAAUAAAUGUCUAUAAUUCAGAAAGAAGAGGAGUGAGGAGACUUACAGGAAAAACCAAAUCACUCUUGAAAACCUUGCAGACACCCUUUGUUGAUGGAAAUAGUGACCCAGUGUUUGAUAGUGACUUCGAAUUUUGGUUGGAAGAGGAAAACAAAUUCCUUAAUGUUGCUGUUUGGAGUAGGAACAUUUCCUCAUCAAAGCAAGACAGUGAUUCUGGGUCUUUUGAUAAAGGUAAAGAUAGCAAAGAUAAAAUCAAGUCCAAGGAAAAUGAGAGAGAAAGAAAAAGAAGUAGAGACAGUGAUAAGUUCAAGAACCGGGAGGAGAAAGUGACGGCAGGUCUGACCGACGACACACUUACAGGUUACCUGAACAUCCCACUUAUAUCUCUGAUCCCCGAGACAACUCUCAACACCCAAGGACACGUCAUCAAAAUACUCACUCUGAACUCUCCACAUCCUAAGUGUCCUGAAGUGUCCUCUGACCCACUUAUCCCACAUAAAGGUUUCAACCCUAGCCUGUGCUAUGGAGACAUGAUGCUCUCACUAACUUACCAACCUCAAGACAGAUGUGAAGCCACUGGAAAGGGAACUGUUGAAAAAACAGCAAUCUCAGAAGAUGAAAGUUUCACUGAUGGAACAGUUUCUGAAGAAGAUGAUAUUUUAAGUGUGCAAGAGAUUGUAGAGGAUCGCAACCAUGAUUUCAAGAGAACUCAUUUUAAUUCAGCCACGCAGUGUGACUUUUGUAAGAAGAAGAUCUGGUUGAAAGAUGCAUACCAAUGUGGAGAAUGUGGGAUAAUUUGCCAUAAAAAGUGUAUGGUAAAAUGUGAACAAGAAACCGUUUGUGAUGCUGCGGGCCUUCGGUACAGAGAUUCUCAAAAAACUGAUGGCAAAGAUAGCCGGGACAGCAAGGAAAUGCCUCCAGAAAUUAUAACCACAGCUGUAGCAGGUACAGGUGGUGAUAACAGUAGCCCAGGAAAUACCCCACCUGCAUCACCUCAAACGCAACGUCGUACCCUUGGCAGCUUGCUUGCUCAGGUAGCAAGUGCUAGCAAGGGUAGUCUGAAGCGUGCCGGCUCGGCCCAUAACCUGGCCCCCCCAAACCCAUCCCCUGGUGGAACACACUCACGUUCACUUCCCCCUUCCCCUCCCCACUCACCUCAGCAUAGUAGGAAGACAUCUCUUUCUGAGAACUCCAACCCAUUUCUAGUCAACUGGGAUGGAGGGGACAGUAUUCAGGCGGUAUUGGACCGCCUGCUGCUCUACCCUCAUGAUGAACGCUUGGUUACUUUAGCUAGAGAUUCAGCCAAGGAUCUUCAUUCACUUUUACCAGGACCAGAACGUACAGCAAAAAUCAAUGCAACAUUGGCACACCUACAAACUACAAUUGACAGUGAAGGAGAAGUUCGAGUGGAUUUGGCACGACAAGAGAGAGAUGCCAGUGAAGCAGGCGAUGCUCUGACUAGAGCCAGUGUUGCACUUCAAAUCUCUCAGUGUGAUGCUCGAACUCAGGCUCUGGCCCUACUCACCUUGCAUUACUGCACUGCCCUUCAGUACUGUACUGCAGAUCCUCAGGAUGAUGGUCAGGAAAAGACUGUGAAAGAGGCUGGUUCAAGACAAGAGGAUUUAUUGAGCAACAGUAAGAAUUCACCCAAGAUAAAAGAAAAACAAGAUGCGGGGUGACGUAAUAAGUACUAUCGACCUUUAUUCAAAAUAAAGAAAAAGUUGGCACCAUAAGGGUAACAUAAAACUGUGCUCCUCUUUUGAGGAGCAUUUAGUAAAAAAAAAAUGUAUUUGCUAUAUUAUUUUUACACAUUAUACAUUCCUUACAAAAAUAUUAUGCAAAUAUCACAAUCUCUUUCUUUUUUUCUUAUUAUUGUAAGAAUUUAUGGAUGUAUGAUAAGCAAAGAACAGCAUAAUUAAAGUAUGGUAUGUAAAUGAUGCUCACUAGUGGGAAACUAUAGCGUGUGUGUUCUUGAAGUAGCUGGCACACUGAAAUCAAAGUUAUGCAAACAUGUAUGAACUUUGAGUUUUGAUGCAUAUUAUGUCAUAAUUACUGUUAUUUCUCAUACUCUUGUUUGAAUGUGUCAAUGCCAUAUUAUUUAUUGUCAGAUUUAUAGCGAUGAAUGAAAGUGGGUAAUUACAUAAAUUGUUAACAAUGCUGCUCACAAAACAGUGAUAUUAAUAUUUACUGGUAGUACUUUAUUGAAACAUAAGAAGCCGAGUGCAUUGGCAAAGUAAUCUCUGGUUACACCUGGGAAUAGCAUAAGGGGCUAUUUGUUUCUCAAUAUUUAUAAUAUUUGAAAUUAUUGUUUUACAAUUCAUAAUGUUUUGUUUUUGUAAUAUAGAUCUGUGUUGUUAUUCUGUUUAUAGGAUGUUCUCUAACUUGACUGUGUUCAUGUGUACAUGACAGUGUGCACACACAUCCAGCUACUGUACCAACA